ACUAACAGAUUCUUUGUGCUUUGUGAGGUUGAACUAUAAACACCUAGUUGUUUCUGGCGUGCUGAUUUUGUUUUUACCUCUGUUCUUUUACCAGGAUUACUGCUCUGAAAAGAUGAGUAUUGAUGCUCUGCAACUAGCAAACACUGCUUUUGCAGGUGAUGUCUUCAAAAAACUGUGCGAGAAGGACAAAACAACCAACAUUGUUUUUGCUCCACUGUGUACUUCAACCUCUCUGGCUCUGGCAUACAAAGCUGCCAAAGGUGACACUGCAACCCAAAUGAAACAGGUACUCCAUUUGGAGAAUGUCAAAGAUGUUGCCUUUGGGUUCCAAACAGUAACGUCUGAUGUUUCCAAACUCAGCAAUUUUUUUACAUUAAAAAUGGUCAAGCGGCUCUAUGUAGAGAAGUCUCUUGACCCGACGACGGACUUCAUCAGUUCCACAAAGAGACCUUUUCCUUCUGAACUAGAACUAGUAGACUUCAAAGAAAAACCUGAGGACACCAGACAGCAAAUCAACAAAUCUGUUUCAGAGCUAACUGAUGGUAAGAUGGAGAACAUUUUGAGUGAGGAGAGUGUAAACGGCCAAACUAAGAUCCUCCUGGUUAAUGCAGCUUAUUUUAUAACAAACUGGAUGAAGAAGUUCCCAGAGGCAGAAAUCAAAGAAUGUCCAUUUAGAAUCAACAAGACUGAAACCAAACCAGUGCAAAUGAUGAACCUGGAAGCUACAUUUUGCUUAGGCUAUGUAAAGGAUUUAAAAGUCUCUAUCCUUGAGCUCCCUUGCCUCAACAAGCAUAUCAGCAUGCUCAUUUUGCUACCAAAAGAGAUUGAAGAUGAUACCACCGGCUUGGAACAGCUGGAAAGGGAGCUCACCCCUGAGACACUGGUACAAUGGACCAAUCCCAGUGUGAUGGCCAAUACCAAAGUGAAUGUAUUUCUUCCAAAAUUCAAGGUGGAAGGGGAUUACGACCUGAAACCUGUUCUGGAAAGCCUGGGGAUGACAAGCAUUUUUGAUGAGAACACAGCAGAUCUCUCUGAAAUGUGUGAUGCUAAAGAUGUGGUUUUGUCAAAGAUCAUUCAUAAAGUCUCUCUGGAAGUAAAGGAAGAAGGUGGGGAAUCUAGAGAGGUACCAGGUUAUCGGAUCCUACAGCACAAAGAUGAAUUUAAGGCUGACCACCCAUUUAUUUUCUUGUUUAAGCACAGCAAAACUCGCAACAUUAUUCUCGCUGGCAGAUUCUGUUCUCCUUAAACAGGGCAUGCUAAUUAAAAAAAGCAGAAUUACAUUUAUGGUGAUGCAUGUCUCAGUAAAGCUUUGCAUCUUGAGUAUCACCUUUGAAAGGUAAUUUAAGAUUUUCAUUUAUCAAACAGGUAGUACAAUGUACUUUUCAUAUGCAGCAGUCCUACAAAAUAAAUACAACUUUAGUUUCACGCACCUAAAAUAAAGGAUGGGUCAGCACAAAGGAAGUAUGAUGAACUUCUUCAGGAAAUAUCCCAAUAUCAGCAACCAGCCUGGCUGUUUCUCUGAUGCAUUUCUUUUUCAUAAACACAAUGAAUUCUAAAUCAAACUUCCUAACAGAUGAUGAACCACAAUUGGUAAGGGCUCUGGAGUAUCAUACAAAGAACUAGCUUGUUUCUGUAAGUUUUCUUUGACCAGGCCCAAAAUCUCCCAAAACGUGGAAAUGGAUUUCUGCUGCAUAGAAGUUGAAUACUUUGAGGUCCAAGGUUAUAGCCCCUAUCUUCAAAGUGACUGCACACUAGGGUACCUGAAUGGAGCCCUUAGCAAGAGUCCAUUUAGGUUCAGCAGUGUAGCUAUCCAGUCUCCUGUAGAUUAGGGCUGAUGGGUAUAAAACAGCAUGAUAGUCCUUAUAUUUUCCUACAUGUACUGCAUACAUUAUCUAGGGAUAAAAUAGUCUAUACAAAUAAUUCUUUAUACUUAUAACAAUGGGAUACUCAUCUGAUGACCUUAAUGGAGCUAUGUAAAUUUACACAAGUAUAGAAUCUGGCCCUACAGAUUGGACCUUUCUUAAUCAUGAUCCUUUAAUUAGGAAACAAAGAUAAGUUUCAGGUAAGAAGAGCCUAUGUUGUGCAUGGUCUGUGAACAUGAAGAUAGAAAUCUGUUACUGAACCAAGCCUUUGCUAUGCAGCUAGUACUACCAUGCUUUCACUUUGUGUUGUCUGUAAUUUCUAACUUCAGAGUAGAAGUAGAAAUUGAAGUUCCAUGCACUUAGUAUAUAAUAUAUGAAGAGGAAAUCAGUUGUUAACAUGUGUUAGAUUCAAAUUAAAUGCGACAUCUCUGUAAAUUGCAUAAAUUUGAGUCUAAAAGUCUUACUGCUGCCUGUGUUUAGUAUUGUUUACCUUUUAUCAUUCAGAAUAAAGCACUAUAAAAAA